GUUGGUCUUGUUGGUCGUACAGUGCCGGAAAAUCAUCACUCACAUUGGCAUUGUUUCGUAUUAUAGAAGCAUCUGGUGGCUCCAUUCUUAUUGAUGGUGUCAACAUUAGUAAAAUUGGUCUCUAUGAUUUGAGAUCACGUAUUACCAUUAUUCCACAGCAACAUAACGAUAUUUAUGAUUCCCGUUUUGCCACCAACUUAACUAUUUUCAGGAUCCGGUGUUGUUUGCUGGUUCUCUUGAGGAUGAAUCUUGAUCCAUUUGAACACUAUUCUGAUGACGAGAUAUGGAGAGCCUUAGAUUUAUCACAUUUGUCUAAUUUUGUGUCAGGAUUACCAGAUGGAUUAGAACAUGUGUGUUCAGAGAGUGGUGAGAAUCUCAGUGUUGGACAGCGCCAACUACUGUGUUUAGCCCGUGCAUUAUUACGCAAGACUCGUAUCAUUGUACUAGAUGAAGCUACAGCUGCUGUUGAUUUGGAAACCGAUGAUUUGAUUCAAGCUACAAUUCGUACACAAUUUUCUGAUUGCACAGUUUUAACUAUUGCACAUCGAUUGAACACUAUAAUGGAUAGUACCAGAGUCCUUGUUUUAGAGCAAGGUGAGAUUGCAGAGUUUGAUUCACCAAUGAAUUUAAUUCUCAAACAAGGUGUAUUUUACGCCAUGGCUAAAGAUGCUGGACUCGCUGCGUAGUUACUUGGAAGAAGGUGGUCCCACUAUAACACUCAGAAGCAGAGUACAAUAUGCUCAGGAAGAUUCUUGGCUGCACGAUAGCAGCAAGUCCUUUUACUUUUAUAAAUAUUAUUUUGUCAUUUUAUAGUUUACCACUGGUUAAUAUUAAGAAUAAAUGUUGUCUGUUAAAGUAGACGUAGAUAAUAUC